AUGGCUCAUCAGCAGAUUUGUGCAGCAAAUCCUGCGAGAUUCGACGCCGACCAGAGCCGCAUUGGAAAAGACGUGCGGAUUGGAAGGAACGUUGUUUUAUGGCUGGGCAAUUUUGCUGUAGCUCCUCUAGGCCAGAUAAAGCCUUCAAUUGCAUUUGGCAGAGAGCUCCUCCGAGGUUUGUACCGUCACAGCAGCGAUGAAAAGUAUUGGGCACAAAUCCGCUACGCUCAACAGCUCUUGUCUCGCAGCAUCGGCACGGAGCUGGCGCUCGCCGAGGCCUCGCGCCAGCAGGUGCUGGAGCCUUUGUUUCGCGAGAUCCUCGAUGCACAAGAGGCUGACCGCAUGAGCGCCAUCACCAUGCUUUCCGUGCUGAACGAACUGGUGUCCCGCUGGGAUGACGAACAACACCGCCUCCGUGCUGCUAGCCCAGCACCGGUCACGCCACCAAAGAACGCCGGAAAGCGUGCUCGACCCCACGGCAGUCCCGGCUCCGAGGAUCGGGAGAGCGCGGAUGAGCUCAUGGGUGACACGGAGGCCAUGGCGCAAAUGACCCUGGCCUCGCCAGCGAACCCGGGCACACCGCCGCAAACUCCUCAGCGCCCACAACGGCGAUUCAGAGGAGGUGCAGUAUCAGCCUCACCUUGCAGAGACUUUGGAUUUGUGCCAUGCACUCCCGACCGCGCUCCUCGCAGAGGCUUUGUGGCGCAAACUCCCGAAGCGCCGCAGCGGCGCUCGUCCAUCUGGCUGAGCCCAGCGGUGUGCGGGAACUCAACACCUUUUCCCGACAGAUUGGACGAAGGGACGGAAGAAGUUGAGGCUGCGUAUGCGGCGUGCGAUGAUGGUUAG